UCACAUGCGCGCGUGGACACACCCGCCCGCGGUUGUUACCUGGGCAACAGUCUGGGCAACAAUAAUGUCUGGAAUAGUCAGAUCUGCUGAAAACUCAAAGAACGAAGGAGAUCAAGACUAUUCGCUGCUCAAAGAAAUGGCGAUAUCUUUACCUCAGUGGGAACUUGUAGAAUAUGACCAAAUUAAAAUGAUGCUCAACCUGCCAGUGGACCAAGUUCAGUUACAGUUUGAGGAUAUACCUGAUUUCAAAAACCACCAAACAUGUUUGAAAGAAGCAGCGCUGUUGGAUUAUUUUGCCAAUGGAUUUUGGUGGGCCAAAGAGAUGAAGUUCACUUGUCAGCAAAUCUCAUUUGUCAUGGCACUUUUACAACAAUCACUUGACAACAUAAAAAAUAGACAGUUAUCAUUUGCUGAUAAUUUCAAGGCAUUUACCCAGACAUUGCUUUCUACCAGACUGUUACCAUCAACAGAGGCUGAUACCAGUCAUUUAUUUGAUGCUGAUCAAAUCAGAGCCAUCGCAGAUUACUUCAAGACCAGUCUUUUCCAGCACUACCGACUAUAUGAAUUACUGUUCACUCACCCAAGGGAGGAACAACUCUUGGGAAUGGAGAAAAGCAUUGAGGUGAUCAACCCAGUUGACUUUGCCACCCCUCUGGAAGAGGGCAUGCCCGCUGAUCUGUACUUCCAAUAUGUGGCUCCCUCAUGUGACGAAACGCCUGAGCAGGUCUCUCCGGAAUUUCACGAGGAGAAUGGAGAAGAACCUGGAAAGGCUGAAAUGGAAGAAAGUGACGAGAAUCACGCAGACUUCAGUGUGGAAGAUAUCCGAGAGGUGCUGGGAGAAAUGACCCAGGACAUGUUAGCAAAACUGCAGGCCGACUUCACAGAGAAACUGCGAGUUCAUGAGGAGACCUACAUAUCGAGGUUCGAACGACUCCAAAAAGUGUCAGACAAAUAGCACUGACGAGAAGCCAAAAGGAUUUCUCACCAGUAUUUACCAAUUUAAUCGAAAACCUUUCAAAUAAAACAAUACAGCACUAGAAUGUUGACUCACAUUCCUCUCCAUUAACACAGUCACACUCUUCAUUUCUUGAACAUUUUCUUCACUUAGGUUUUUUUUUUUCAUGUCAAGCAAAAUUGCUUCAUCAAUUACCAAUGUUGAUAAUGUAUUAAACAAAUACAUUUUAUAGUGAUAUUCCUGAUUAAUUCAGCAAGAUAAAUGAUGAAACCGAAAUGCAGUAUGUCAUAUUCGUGGAAGUCAAAGAGGAAACAGAAUAUCUAAUUAAGUUGUUUGUAUAAUGGUUUCGCUGCACCUUUCCCACAAGUCAUUAGCUGUCUGAAAG